AUGGCUAACUUGCCCGCUCUUGGCAUGAGGUCGAUGAAGGCACACCUGGAGCUCGAGGGGGCCGAGAGCGAGAAGAUCAAUCAGGUGUUCGAGAGGGUCCGCGGCCACGACUCGGCCGUCCCGAUGCAUCAGACUGCGACGCGCCCAGAGGAGUUCCAGGACGACCCGCAUGCGCUCUACGCUAUUGGAGACUUGCCCAUUAUGCCGUCCGACGGGCUGAAAAGAAUGAGGCAUGCGUUUGCCGUUGAGAUGGGCUAUCAUGGGGACAUCGGCUUGGACGCGGUGCGGGAGGCCAUGCUGGUCAACGACUACAAUGGCGAUGGCGACGGGACAGACAUACUCAACUACUUCAUGUUCUCGAGUCCGCAGUUGGUGGCCGACGUCGAGAGGCACCUCCUCCGCGAUGAUGAAGUACUGUGCAAGCUGUCGUGGGGGAAGGGUUCGGGCGUGAGGACGCCGUGGAAAGUCUUGGUCUACAUGAUGGAUCGGCUCGGUGGCACGCACUUUCGGCACCACCUACUCCCGCGGGAGAAGGGCACAACGGAGAAGAAGGCGUGCAUCCCCCAGGACGUGAUCGUAUCCCAGUACCAGUUUAUAAAGGACAACGCACCGCGCGGCAACCUCGAUUGCGAUCAGGUGAUGUGGAUCGACUUCCAGCUGAACGACCCGCAGAGCCCUGUCCACCACCGGAAGGAGGGGAAAAUCAAGGAGGUUCUCUCGCACAUCAAGGACCAGAGCAUUCAAGCGAAGAAGAUCACGUACAGCCCCCUCUUCAUCUUCGACGCGGGGGACGAGGGCGUCGAGCGCGCAAAGCGCCUCGCCCCUACGUUCAAAAGCCACUCCUACCUCAUGGUCGGCGAGCCUGGCGAGGCCAAGACGCCGUACUUGGAGACGCUGGCUUUCGCGAUGGGCGACUACUACGCAGACAAGCAGGGGGACCGCGGCUUGGCCUCGUACCGAGAGGCGCCAGACCUGGACUUCUUCAGGGCCGAGGAGGGCGCGAAGUAUUGCCCGUGCGUGUUCGACGACGGCGAUUUGUUCGAGCAGCGCCCGAAGACUCUGAAGGCAUUCUUGGACGUCGGGCAGUUCCAAGCGAUGACGAGGGAGCGCUGGGGGGCAGCGAAAUUCGUUCGGGGUCAGGCGCGCUUCGCCGCGGAGAACAUGUACAACGAAGAGGCCGUCCCCAGCUUGGACGCGUGGCGCGGCCUGGACGUCCUGCCGCUGGAGAGGGCCAAGAAGAUGCGGAACCAGUACUUAUGCGAUAUGCUACAGCGCACGUUUCCCAAGGACAUCUCCAAGACGAACGUCGCGGCCUUAUUGAAGCGGUCUUCCGUGGUCGUGAACACCCCCGAGGAUGUGUUUGAGCGCUUGGCGGGGCUUGACUCUGACGUCACAAGGUCCCCGAAGGUCGGCCACUUCAUCACCGCCGCGGCGGGCAAGAUCCUCUACGACUAUGUCGACAACGGCGUGAUGCGGAAUGCCGAGGAGCACGCUGCGCUCAUGGACAAGCAGCUCCGCCUCAUGAAGGCCUGCUGGAUAAGGUCCUUCGGGAGCAUACCAGCGAGCGAGAUUGACAUCUCGAGCUCGCCCGAGGCCCCCCCCGCCGCGGCCGCCGUGCCGAGCGACCAGGACAUCGCCAUGGCACUCGCCGACGCAGACGAAGGCGACCAGCUCGGCCUUGGUGCUGGCAUGGAAGGUUCGGGUUGA